AUGCUUAUCGGAAUAGGAAAAUACGAUCCAUAUGGAAAGCAAUUCCUCGAAAAACAUCCACAUCUUAUUAAAGAAUCUGUCACAGAUCCAAUCAUCGAUUUUUCAAAACUACUUGAUCCAUCCUACACUCCAUCUAGACAUAUAUUAUUUCAUAAACUGUUUAGUGUGUCCGAUUCCCUAUUAAUAACACUUGGUAACAAAUUUGACGAACGCAACAUUCUAAAACAAGGCAACUUGAAAAACAUCGCUAUUCAGACAGAGCAAGAAAUUUACGUGCAUGGAUCGACUGUUGUCUGGAGUCGAAAGGGCAAUAUUGUGAAAUCGUUUAAUUAUGAUGAUAAACUACAAUCCAUCAAAACAAUUUUAUUUGCAUGGUUCCCAAUUAAUAAAAAUAAGAAUACUAUUGUUAAAGAUACCUCCGAUAUACCAUUACUUAAACAACGUCUAGAAUCGUGUAAUAUACCCGCUGUUUAUGAUGCAGAUGAUCAUGUACAAAAGAGAGCAUUAUGUAUAGUAUUUGAAGAUCACAUUAGAGUUCAUUUUGAAGAUGGUCUUGAAUAUACAACUCAUAUACCAUUUGAGAUCGAUAACGUUAUACCACUUGAUGUGGGACUGCUGGUCAGCAAAAAACCUUCGCAGAGCGAGGAAACGAGAAGAAGAGAUAGUAAUACAAGCCAUUCUAUAAAAACCGAACAACGAUCUAAACUAACUGAUAAAUAUAUAUAUUCAUUUAUGACUGUUAAGCAUCCAUUACGUGGUCCAUGUCCUAUAAGGCUCAGCCCUGGAUUGCAGCAUGUUACUUCUAAAUCAUUUCGGCCUGAUUCAUCGCAUAAGCUUUUAUUUGCCACUACAGAAAGUCAGUUACCUAUCAUUGUGACAUUUAAUAUGAAAGACAAAGCUCAUUAUUUAUGGACCUAUAAACGACGUAAUAAUAAAACUAAUCAACAACAAACAACUCUUGGGCAGAAAGAAGAAGAUGAUAUUAGCAAAGAUAAAGAAGCUUCAGUUAUUUCAAUAUCUUCAAAGAAUAAAUUAUUGAAAGCAAAUAUGCUUCCAAAAAAAAUUCAAAAAAAAGGAAAGAUAAUGGAUGCUAAUCGAAAGCAAUUCCAGCAUUUUCCUAUUUCAGAAUAUGAAGAUAGCUUUUAUGAUAACGAGUUGGAGAGAGGAUUGUAUAACGCUCUUAUUGAUCGUACAGAAAUAUCAGUUAAAUUUCUCUGGAGGGAAUCUUUGAAUACAAAAAUACGCAAAAGGUUAGCAGAGUUUCCAAAUAUUAAAACAGAGGCAUUUAUGACACAUAACCUGCAGGGACAAGAGUUGAUUUGUAUUUUAAAUCACUCAAUUAACCAGCUUCAAGUUAUUGAUAUUGACAAAAUUAUGAAUGAAGUUAGCUGCUGUGUUAUCUUUAAGGCACCUGCUGUUUCUGCUAUACCCAUUAAUGCAACACGAGAUCAAUUUAAAGAUUUGCUUUAUUUAGACGUUUCGAAACAAGCACAUCUCUUUAUAGAUGCUACAGUAACUAGCUUACCCAUUCAUUUUCAUGAUAAUAUACCUCAACAAUUUUCUGAUCCAGUUUUUGAGCGAUUUAAUGUACACUUUGAGAGCGGUGAAAUCAGACGUUAUCAAUUCAAUCUACGUCCUAAGUCUUCGCUAGUUUUAAAUAGUUUUGCUGCUGUUGGAUGCGUCUCAACAACUGUAUUUGCCCAACUCUGGCGACAUUUCAUUCAAUACUAUCGACUUACAUCACAUGAUACUCUGCCAACAGAAUGGGAGUCCUUUUUUGUUGCUCUAUUAUCGCUAAUACAUAUUCAGCGGCUAGGUCAAACUCCUGAUGAAAGACAUAAGAUCAGACUGCAGCAAAUUAAAGUCUCUAAUAAUAAUAUUAUCACAAAAGAAAUAGGAUUUUUACCUGAAACCUUACGUAUACCCUUACGAUGGAUCGAUCAACUAUCACCUACAAAUACCAUUGAUGUUGCAUUGUUUGUGGAUAUUAUACGUAGUUUACAUGUCCUUUUUGAAGAAUACCGUAUAAAGAAAACUACAAGAGAACAGGCAAAAAAAUUAGGCUAUCUUCUAAUGCAAUGUUCUGUCAUUUUGGAUCACCGAGAAUGGAUUGACUAUUACAAAAAACAAGGCAUCAAACCUGAAUUUACCAUUCCCUUGAGGUUAAUUAAACAAAGUGAUAGCAUUAUAUUCUCAUCAUUACCACCACCACCACCGCCCAACAUUGAACUUUGUCUUCAAUUAAUGGCAACUGCAUCAAAUACUGCUCUCUUAAGUUUCUUUGGAGUAAGCACAUUAGAGCCCAUGAUAGGUUAUUGUCAACAUAAUUAUGCAAAGACAAUUAAACAAUUAUGGAUUCUUUAUGGUAUUCUAAAUGAAGUAUCUGCAGACAAAAGCCUUUUACUAAAUAAGAUGGUUGAGUACGGUAUCAUGUUGGAAGAAAUUAAAGAUUUAGUAUAUUCUUUGGCAUCUCCAAUUUUAGAAGCCCUUGAAAGUCUGAAGGAGAACCCUGCUGUAGACUGGAACAAAGAAGUAUACCUCAUUCUUGAUCGCGAUGAUAUUUACAAACAACUUGAAAACAAAUCAAUCAUUUGUGAUCCAAAUUCAAGCACAUUUAAAUUCCCAGCUUCCAAGAAUUCUGGAAUACCUCGAACUAUGAUGGAUGUGAUAAAAGUAUGUCGUGAAAAUUCUGAAGGUUCGCAUAUUUUCAAGUCAGAUUUGCUGGAUAUUGAAACAGAGCGUUUACGAUUUGGUAGAAGUGGGUACAUUGAUAAGGUGCAUAGGAUGUUGGAUGCAAAAUGUAUACCAGAUUUAACUGUACCUGAACUUAAUUUAAGUGACGAAGAAUUAGCUGCAGAGCAUCAAUCACGAGUUUUGAUGUUAGUUCAACGCACAUUAGCUUUAUCAACUGGUCGGGCCAUUUAUGCUUUUGCAACUCACCUUGCAAGUCCUAUCAAACCUUUACCUUUUGAGCCUAUAACUUUAGCUGCCAAGAUUUUACCUUUACGUACCAUUGUUAAUCUUGAUGAUGUCAUUAAUAAAGACAGUCUUCAAUGGCCUCUGUUUCAUAAUGGUGUAGCUUCAGGUCUUCGUAUAUCAGCUAACAGCAAUGUAACUGAUUCUUGGAUUAACUUUUGUUUUCCUGAUAAUACAGUAAUCGAAUCUCAACAUGGAGGCCUUUUAUUAGCCAUGGGGCUUAAUGGUACAAUUAAACACUCACCAUCUGUUGACUGGUAUCGAUUUGUGAUGCAAGAGGCGCCUGAUAUUGUUACAUCUGGUAUUUUAUUAGGUGCUGCUGCUGCAUAUAAAGGAACCAAAGACCCUACUUUGACAAAGGUGCUUCAAUUACACAUUCCCGUUCUUUUCCCACCAGACUCGCACAGUUUUAAUCAUUCUAAUUUAAUUCAAGCAGCUAGUGUACUUGGCAUGGGUCUCGUUUAUAUGGGUAAAUGUGAAAGAUCGUUAGUGUUAACAAUGUUAGAAGAGAUUAGUAAAAACGCAAUGACGGAUCCUUCCAUUUUAGAACCCGAUUACGAGGCCUAUAGUUUAUCAGCAGGCUUUUCUUUAGGCAUGAUUACAUUAGGGCAAGGCCCUAAGGCGAUCACAGCUGUAGACUCUGAACUAUUAAAUACAUUAUUUGAGUUAAUGAAACUGAAUGCAGAUAUAACAGCACCUGGUGCUACAAUAGCAUUGGGCUUGAUGUAUUUGAAGACAAAUGAUCGAGCUGUAGCGAAUUCUAUUAUGUUGCUUGAAAAACGUCCUUAUCUGAAUUAUGUGAGACCUGAUAUUUUGCUAUUACGUGUGCUAGCCAAAUAUUUAAUUUUAUGGGAUGAUAUAGAACCUACCAAAUCAUGGAUAGAUGAACAAUUACCAGAUUUUAUGACAGAAGAUGAUGAGGAUGCUAUCUUACAAGCAAAGUACCAUAUAAUUGCAGGAGUUUGUCUUUGUCUAGGAUUGAAAUUUGCUGGUACCAAUGACAAUGAUGCCUUUAAAUGCUUAUUAGAGCAACUUGACUACUUUAAACAGUUACUCAACGUGCAGGCAACAACAAUUCAAGGCAAUGUGACCAAGUAUGUAAUACAGACAUGUGUUAAUGUACUUUGCACAGCAUGUGCUAUGGUGAUGGCAGGAUCUGGUAACCGAGAUCUUUUUGACCGUUUAGAAAGCUUAUGGUCACGCACUGAAACUAUGACAUACGGCGAUCAUAUGGCUAUUUCCAUGUCCCUUGGCUUAUUAUAUGCAGGUUUAGGAGGAUACACAUUAAAGACAACAAAUGAAAGUAUAGCUGCUUUAUUGUGUGCAUUUUAUCCAUUUUAUCCAAUGGAUACAGAAGAUAAUCGCUACCAUAUGCAGCUAUUUAGGCAUCUUUGGGUGCUAGCAUUAGAUUCAAGAUGGCUUGUUCCUUUUGACGUGACAAGUCGACAACCAUGCCGUCUUCCGCUAGAAGUGAAACUGGACGGUAAAAAAGUAAGAAUUGCUGCGCCAACUGUUAUUCCUGAUUACAAUCAGAUCAAGGAAAUUAAAGUGAUGGAAGAUAGGUAUUGGCCUCUUAAAGUUGAUAUGACAGUUAAAGGGGAUUAUCAACGUUCUAUCACACAAUCGGGUAUUUUAUAUGUUAAGAGAAAGAAGAAUAAAAAGAGUUACGAAGAGGUAAGAAAAAGAAGGAAAAAAAAAGUUGAAAUAAACGUUUAA